UGGCUCGGAGUUGAGUGGGACGAUUCCGCUCGCGGCAAGCACAAUGGAACACAUGAAGGCGUGAAAUAUUUUGAAUAAGCAGAUCACCCACAACCGCUUCAUUUCUCAGGCCAAAUCAGCCAUGGGACAAAUCGAGGACUUUCUAUCAAGCACUCCACGAGAAGUAUAUGUCUGAUGAUGCCUCGAACCUUGGAGCGACUGUCUACUUCUCCACCAAACAAGCCGAGGAAGUUGGCUUCCAAAAGUUUGCGAAACGACAAGCUGCUCUGCAAGGCAUCCAUGUGCUGAUUCUCGAUCGGAUGCGUAUACGACACACUGGCAACGACGAAGACGAUAAUAUCAGAGAGACCUGCAAAGACAUCACUGAGCUGGAUCUCACCAGCAACCUAUUCGAGAGUCUCGAUGAGAUCCUCAAUUUGAUCGCAUUACUCCCGAAGCUGGCUCAUCUAAUACUGGAUGGGAACAGAUUCAGCGUGGACUCCGACAAGAACGCAAGAGAUUUUCCUCGCAUCUCAUCGCUAAGUCUGUCGAAUACCUUACUGCAUCGAAGUGGAGAGCUAUUAGCUCCGAUUGUAGCACGUCGCUUCUCGCGUAUAAAGACGCUCAUGAUAGCCAACGACGAGCUCUCAGACGCCGAGUCGCUCUCGCCCACAGAUCUGCCUGAAACUCUCACAUCGUUGGAUCUCUCGAACAACUACUUCAUGAACCUCGCUGAUCUUCGACAACUGAGCUCAUGCAGCCAUUUGACGAAGGUCAAUCUAGAGAAGUGCCAAAUCAAGAGUGCAGGUCAGAAAGGCAGUUCCAUCAGCAGCUCGAUAUUGGACCUCGAUCUGGCCCACAAUGCGAUUAAUUCCUGGGACGUGGUUGACGCUCUGCCAAGCGCAUUUCCCGCGAUGAAGCAGCUUCGCACCACUGGCAACCCAAUCUACAAAGAUAUGAAAUCGGCCCUGGGAAAGCCAUUGAUGGCAGAAGACGGUUACAUGCUUACGAUUGCGCGCCUGCCCCAGCUCGACAUGCUGAAUUACAGCAAGAUUACCGAAAAAGAGAGACUGAACGCUGAGAAGUACUAUCUCAACGAGAUCACGGCGGAGCUAGCAGGUACAGCUCCAGAGAAGCGGGCGGAAGUAUUGAGAAGGCAUUCGAGGUGGAAUGCGCUGUGUGAAGAAUAUGGCGAGCCUUCGAUACCAGACCAGCCCAAAGCAGAUUCCAUCGAUCCACGAAGUCUAGCUGCUAGACUUGUGGAUGUUACUUUCGUCUUCACAGACCGCCCAGAAUGGCAAAUUAGGAUACCAAAGUCUUUCAAUAUCUACUCUGUUCUCGGCAUGGUUGGCAAGAAGCUCGGUGUGAUGCCGCUGGAGUUGCGGUUGAUCUGGGAGACUGGUGAACGAGAUCCGAUCGGCCUCAAUCAAGAUCAGACUGGCAUUGAAGAGUGGGACUCAGAUGAGGAAGAAGACGGCGAUGAGACCAGGGUCGCAGAGCAUUCAGUGGCAAGAGAAGUGGAACUUGUUGCUGGCACUAGGACUUUGGGAACAUAUAUCGAAGGGCGUGAAGCGCGUGUGAGGGUGGAGCGCAAGUCAUGA